CUGACAGUCAAAACCAGUCCACCAAACAGCUGCUGAGCCGGUGAACGAGAGAAACACACCGACAGACUUCCCGGUUCUUCAGGUGUCGACCCUUGCUGCGGGCUCUCAGUCGCCAUAACCUGAUGAUUUUACGCCAGUUCAUCAGUAGAGGCGUGGUUAACUCUCACCUGUAUGCCCCCCUGAAAAGGCCACAAGGCAGUCAGGACAUGGCCAGACCAAGUUCAGACCUGGCAGCUUUCAGGAAGAUUUUCUCCAACGCUCAGAAUAUCGCCAUCAUCACAGGAGCAGGGGUGAGUGCAGAGAGCGGAGUCCCGACCUUCAGAGGAGCAGGGGGCUACUGGAGGAAAUGGGAAGCACAGAGCCUUGCUACACCAGAGGCCUUCUCCAGAAAUCCUUCCCGGGUUUGGGAGUUUUACCACUACCGCCGCGAGGUCAUGCUCACCAAAAAUCCAAACCCCGCCCACCUGGCCAUCGCGGAGUGUGAGGAGCGACUGGGCAAGCAGGGACGCACGGUUACAGUCAUCACUCAAAACAUCGACGAGCUCCAUAGCCGUGCAGGAUCCAAAAACAUCUUUGAACUCCACGGGAGCCUGUUUAAAACGCGCUGUAUGAGCUGUGGUCAUGAAGCAGCCAAUUACAAGAGCCCGAUCUGCGCCACUCUGGAGGGCAAAGGAGCUCCAGACCCAGAAACUGAUGACGCCAACAUCCCUGUCCAGCAUCUGCCCAGGUGUGAACAGAGAGGAUGUCAGGGCCUCCUGAGACCAGCUGUGGUUUGGUUUGGAGAGACUCUGGACUCAGACAUCCUCACCCAAGCAGAACAAGUGUUGGAAAGCUGUGACCUCUGCCUAGUGGUCGGCACGUCGUCUGUUGUGUAUCCAGCAGCCAUGUUUGCUCCUCAGGUUGCAGCGAGAGGUAUCCCAGUGGCCGAGUUCAACAUGGAAAACACACCGGCCACCAUGCGCUUCAAGUUCCACUUCCACGGCCCCUGUGGGACCACGUUGCCUCCUGCGUUGGAACGCCACAAGAAUGAGACAAAAUAAAAAGAAGUCCUGGACGUGAGCUGCACACAGACCGGACUGUCUAACACUGGAGGACUUUAUUGGUACAAAUACACAAAAUGAAAAUGAUAAAUAAUGAGUUACCAUGAAGAGUGUGGGGACAGGGUUCAUGAAAUAUAUAAGGACAACAAUUCGUUCAAGAGAUCAAAUGAACAAUGGAAGUCUAUAACAAAUAAUACAAUGAUGCAAAAUCAAACCCCUCUCUGAGCUACCACCAAUUUUAUUUAUAUUAUAAUAACGCUUCUAUGUCAGUGUGUGCUUAUGAAGGGAUUAACAUAGCUUUUCAUAACGGGAAUGUUGAAAGAGACGAUAAAUGAAGAGCAGCAACAGAUUAAAUACAAUCACAUGUAGGUCAAUGUGUUGCUCCUUUUGCAUUGAGUCAGUAGUUAAUGUCCGACAGUAGGGGGCAGUGUUUAGCUGUCACUGCUGCUACACCUCCAGUAAGAAGGGAAAUAAAGAACUGCCAAAGUAUCAGUGGGAUGGAUGGUGUGAGUGUGUGUGUGAGUGUUUGUCAGUUCAGUGCUGUCUGAGUUCAUUGACUGUGAUUUGUUCCAGUAGCCAUGAGUAGGCACCAGUCAAACCAGGGAAACCAGUGACUGUGCAUCCCCUGUGAAAGUCAGGAAAAGAUACAGGAUGGUGUGUUACAUGUAUGUUCAGAUCUGCUGCAAAAUAAAUGAAACAGCAUAUUCAUGUUGAAUUGAAAUAAAUUAAUUAUCUUACAAACUGA